AUGAAGCCAAGACCAAAUCUUUUAGUGUCAGUAGCUUUCUUUGUGUUUCUCUCACUGAAUUGCUUGUCUACUGUGGAGUCAGAUCUAGCUUCAGAGAGGGCAGCUUUGGUAACUCUACGUGAUGCAGUUGGAGGCAGAUCACUGUUGUGGAAUCUGUCAGACAAUCCAUGUAAAUGGGUGGGAGUGUUUUGUGAUGCAAAGAGAACCACGGUUAUUGAGUUAAGGUUCCCUGGCAUGGGAUUUUCAGGGCAGCUGCCUAUUGCACUUGGAAAUUUAACAAGUUUGACAACACUGUCUUUGAGGUUCAAUGCACUUUCAGGGCCAGUUCCCGCUGAUAUAGGCAAUAUUAUUUCUCUACGUAAUCUUUAUUUGCAAGGGAACUUCUUUUCUGGGGAGAUUCCUGAAUUCCUGUUCAAGUUACAGAACUUGGUAAGGCUAAACUUGGCUCAUAAUAAUUUCUCUGGUGUGAUCUCUCCAAGUUUCAAUAACUUGACCAGGUUGGAUACUUUGUAUUUGGAGGAGAAUCAGCUUACUGGUUCUAUUCCUGAAUUGAAUUUGCCACUUGACCAAUUCAAUGUUUCAUUCAACAAUUUGACUGGUCCUGUUCCUCAGAAGUUGUCUAAUAAGCCUGUAAGUUCUUUUCAAGGGACCUUGCUUUGUGGAAAACCUUUGGUUUCUUGCAAUGGUACUUCAAAUGGUACUUCAACUGGGGGUAGUGAUGAUAACAAGCUGUCUGGUGGAGCAGUUGCUGGGAUUGUUAUUGGAUGUGUGAUUGGAUUUUUGUUAAUUUUAUUUAUCUUGAUCUUCUUGUGUCGACGAAAGAGAGACAACAAAGAAGUAGUGUCUAAAGAUGUUGAGGCGCCAAAGGAGAGAGAAGUUGAGAUCCCCGGUGGCAAAGCCGCAGGGGAAAGUGGUAAUGUGAGUGCAGGGCAUGCUGGGGCGGUGGUGAAAAGUGAAGCUAAGAGUAGUGGGGCUAAGAGCUUGGUGUUCUUUGGGAAUGCGCCGAGGUCAUUUGAUUUGGAGGACUUGUUGAAAGCUUCUGCAGAGGUUUUGGGAAAGGGGACUUUUGGUACUGCCUAUAAGGCCACUUUGGAUGUGGGGUUGGUGGUGGCUGUGAAGAGGUUGAAGGAAGUAACGGUACCGGAGAAGGAAUUUAGAGAGAAGAUCGAAGGGGUUGGAAAGAUGAAUCAUGAGAAUUUGGUUCAAUUGAGGGCUUAUUAUUACAGCCGGGAUGAAAAGCUUCUUGUUCAUGAUUACAUGCCCAUGGGAAGCUUAUCUGCGCUUUUGCAUGGAAAUAAAGGGUCUGGUAGGACGCCACUGAAUUGGGAGACAAGGUCUGGCAUUGCCCUUGGAGCUGCCAGAGGAAUUGCAUACAUCCACUCUCAGAGCCCUGCAAGCUCUCAUGGAAACAUCAAGUCAUCAAACAUCCUCCUUACUACUUCAUUUGAAGCUCGUGUCUCCGACUUCGGCCUUGCACAUCUUGCAGGUCCUACCCCAACUCCCAACCGUAUCGAGGGCUAUCGUGCACCAGAAGUGACAGAUGCUCGUAAAGUAUCCCAAAAAGCUGAUGUCUACAGCUUUGGCAUAUUGCUGUUGGAAUUGCUCACAGGAAAGGCUCCCACCCAUACGCAAUUGAAUGAUGACGGCGUAGACCUUCCAAGAUGGGUCCAAUCUGUUGUCAAAGAAGAAUGGACUGCUGAGGUGUUUGAUCUCGAGCUUCUUCGAUAUCAGACUGUAGAGGAAGAUAUGGUUCAGCUCUUACAGCUCGCAAUCGAUUGCGCUGCUCAAUAUCCCGAUAACCGUCCUUCAAUGUCCGACGUGAGAAACCAAAUUGAGGACCUUUGCCGUUCUAGCACACAAGAACAUGACAUUGUGGAUGACAAUUCCUCUUAA